AUGGGGGGCCUGACGACACAGGCAGCUAACUGGACGGCUAACCUCACCACGGAGAUCAAAGUGACUCGUCGGCGCCUCAGCCUGGAGAUUCACGACAAGCUGCAGCGGGGGCCGGGUGGGUCCCGGGGUCGCAAGGCCUCGCCCGAGGGCCCGGAGCAGGACGGCGGCGGCCCCCUCUCCCUGCCCCCUCCCCCUCCUCCCGCGGAGCAGGAGGAUGAAGAGGACUCCAGGCCCUUCGACCUGCUGGGCGAGGAACUGGCGUUCAUCGACGCUGAGGAUUCAGACCGUCGGUCCGGGCGCCCGUCCCCGCUGCCCGCCCUGCGCCGUGCCAAGCACAGGGGGCGCCGCAAGCAGCCCAGGAGGGCCAACGGUUACCCGGGGCGACAGGAACACUCCUCGCCGACUACAGACAAGGGGGAGGACGUCUGACCCGUCUGGGGGUGGGGUGGGGGGGGGGUGGUACCCAAGACCUCCAACCUCCUCUCUUGUACCCAUCCCCCUUCCCGGUGCCUCAUCUUCGAUGCCUUGCCAAACCGCCAUGCCAGUUGGAGGGGGUUGGCUAACCCGGAGCGGGUGGUGCUGGGAAACGGGAUUAGGGCGGAGCGUCGGCUUUUGAACAGCACGGACUUCGAUGGGCUGAAGGGGCUUUUCCCUUACCCGCUCUGUUACUGGACUGAAGAGAGAGUGGGCGGUGGGGGUGGGGGGUGCCAGAGAUGACCGGGUCGCCAACUUAGCCCACCCUUCGAGAGGGGAAGGGGAGCUGCCGAAGCCUCACGCCCUCCCUCCCCCUCCCCCGUCCUACCCCCUCAGUCGCUGAAGGUUGAGUUUGUUGGGGGAGCAAGGUGGGUGUCAGGGAGGGCACAGGGUUUGGGUGAGGCAUGGUCCGGGCGCCAUGGGUUGGAACACGGCCAACGGUAGCGAUCCGAAUCACGGCCUGUCCAUCCGUGG